GUGUGGUUUCAGAACAGGCGGGCAAAAUGGCGCAGACAGGAGAAGAUGGAAGCCGCGAGACUCGGCCUCAGCGAGUACCAUCAUCCCGCCAAUAUGAGGUAACGUAUUUCCUAAUUAUUUAUUAAUGAAAUUUUUGUCACGAUAUUGGUCGAAAUAGAAUCCUUCUUCUCACAGAGUUUUUCAAAUAUUGAUACUUAUCGUUUUCGUUUCAGAAACGUGGCCGGUCCAGCUUUGGGUUUACCAGGUGAUCCUUGGCUCACUCCUCCAGGUCUGUUGAGCGCUCUUCCUGGCUUCCUAGCUGCACCUCACACGGGAUAUCCUAGUUAUCUAACGUCCCCGAGACGAUUACCGUCGCCACCGAACGUCGGCGCCGUUGGAAGCGCAGUCCCAGGUGCUCUGAGCGGAGGAAUGACGAGCAUAGGAAGCGGGAGCCACGUUCCAGCGGCGCCCCCGAGUCCUCCGGGCCACGAUCCGCGCACAACGAGCAUCCAGGCUCUGAGAAUGCGGGCCAAGGAGCACGUCGAGAGCAUCACCAAAGGAUUGCAAAUGGUCUGA